GAUAAUGGAAGGGUAGUGGGAUCCGGAUCCUACUAUACUCUUACUCCUCCUCCUUCCCCCGCCACUUUUCCACCAUAGCAGGAGAAUGGAGGAGGACCUCCACAUCCAUGGUGCUGUCUCUACUCCUUACGUAAGUGCUCCAUCCAGUCCCGGCUCUGGACCACCGCGGUCUUACGGCGGAGGAUUCUUCUACAGCGCUCCUGCUAGUCCUACGCACCAUGUCUUAUCAUCGUCGAACUCUGUUUUGUUAGCUCCACUAGAAGGAGCCGGCGGCUCGUUUGAGUUCGAGUUCACGGUAAGGCAUGAAGCAACCGGACCAGCUGCCUCCGGAUCCAUGACUUCUGCCGACGAACUCUUCUUGAACGGCAAGAUCCGUCCUAUGAAGCUUUCCUCUCACCUUCAACGUCCUCAGGAUCUAGCUCCGUUGAUUGAUGUUUUAGAAAACGACGGUGAAGAAGAGGAUAAGUUUGACAGAGGUAGAGAUUUGAAAUCUCGAGACAGAUCCAAGUCGUUAAGGAGAAGAACUAGAUCUAUGUCACCGUUACGGACCAACACUGCAUUUCAAUGGCUGGAGGAAUUCAAGGAUGCGAGAGAAUCUACGGAAAUCAACGAAAUUAAGGAGAAACUGGAAGCCGAGGAGGAUAGACAGAGAGCGAACGACGACGAUAACGGAACUCCAUCGUCCGGUGGAUCCUCGCGGUCAUCCUCCGUCGGCCGGAGCUCGAAACGAUGGGUGUUCCUGAAGGAACUACUGUACAGAAGCAAAAGCGAAGGACGAAACAGUAGCAAUAGCAACAGGAACCAUAAAUUAUGGUCCACAUUAUCCUUCUCCCCUUCUUCUUCUUCUGCACAAAAAGACAAGAAAUCAUCAGAUUCGCAGACCUCAAAAACGGCAGAUGCAGUGGAUGGAAGUGGAACGACGCCUAAGACAAAGAAAGCAGUAAAUGGAUUGGGGAUGAAUCGGAAGAGGAGAGUGGGAAGAUCAGCACACGAAGUGCAUUACACAACAAAGCGAGCACAGGCGGAGGAGAUGAGGAAGAAGACGUAUUUGCCGUACAGACAGGGGUUGUUAGGCUGCUUAGGGUUUAGUUCAAAGAGUUAUGGAGCCAUGAAUGGAUUUCUGAAUUCAGUUUCAUCCAGGUAAUUUGGGGUUGAAAUCUUCCAUCAUGUAUAUAUAAAAUCAUUUAUUAAUUUGGCUUUCAAUGAAUCAAAUCCCAGUUUUGUUUCAAAUCUUUGAACCCAAUUCAAUCACCUUUAAAUGAUGAUUUGGUUUGGAUGAUACCAAUGAAAUGGUAGCC